GAAAAGCAAGAUGAGUAACACUGAAGCCGAGAAGAUGUUGAUAAGUUUGCUCAAAAUAUAUCACGACCACGCCUCAGAGUCUGACGUCAUGGACAAAUCUGGCUUGACAAAGAUGAUGAAAGAGAAUUUCCCCACCUUCCUGUUAGUCUGUGAGAAAGAAAAUCCAGAUUUCCUGGAAAAGUUCUUUAAGCAGGAGGACACAGAUGGUGACCAGAAGAUCAACUUUCCUGAGUUUAUGUCCAUUGUUGCUGCAGUCACCACAGAGUUCCACAAUCAGUCCCAUGAGCAGAAACCCUAACCUGUGGGUUAGAAAUAGCCCUGCCCAGACCAGCUCAGCCCACUUCAGAGGUCUCCACAGAGGUCUGGGAUUAGUGGAC